CCCCCCCCCCCCCCCAAUCUCAGCGGCUAACGAGCAGACAGACAAACAAGCUAUGAAGUCCCUCCUUUCCCUCCUUCUGCCAUUUCUGCCCCUCGCCCUCUCUCGUGCGGGGAAGGAGUAUAUCGAGGAGGACAUCUUAAACCUCCGCCAAAAAUGGGCUGUUGAACACCCUUUCGGCGGGAUCUCCACCUUUGCUCAUCUUCAACACGUCCGCUGCCUCGUUGACCCGCAUGAAGAGUUCGACAUAGCAAUUCUUGGCGCACCAUUCGAUACAGCUGUAUCCUAUCGACCGGGAGCACGCUUCGGCCCACGCGCGAUACGUGCAGCGAGCGCUAGACAGUCUGAGAGUAGGGGAUUUAAUGUUCGUGCGGGCAUAAAUCCGUACUUGUCGGAUGUGAAGAUACUUGAUUGCGGGGACAUUCCGAUAUCGCCAUUCGAUAAUGAGCUCGCACUGCGGCAGAUGACCGAAGCGUAUAAGGAAUUAAUGUCCCGGUCUACCCCUUCUGGCCGCCGGCCAAUAAUUGUCACGCUGGGUGGGGACCACUCAAUUGCACUGGCGGCAUUGCGUGGAGUGAAUAGCGUCUAUGGACCUGUUUCUGUGGUUCACUUUGACGCUCAUCUCGACACCUGGUACCCAACAAAAUACCCCUCGUCCUGGCCAACCUUACAAUCCGCUUUCACCCAUGGCACCAUGUUCCACCUCGCUUACAACGAGUCUCUCCUGCUCCCCACAUACAACAUCCAUGCGGGCCUACGCACCCGCCUUUCCGGCGCGGAUAUGAGCGACUACGCUGGUGACGAUGCCCAAGGAUGGGCAAGAAUCUCGACCGACGACAUAGACGACAUAGGCGUUGCCGGAAUAGUCAAGAGGAUCGUGGAUCAUGUUGGCAAAAGCAAAGUGUACCUUUCCAUCGAUAUUGACGUUCUGGACCCUGGAAUAGCGCCGGGUACUGGAACGCCCGAAGCUGGAGGGUGGACUACGAGAGAGUUGAUUAGGAUACUUCGGGGGAUUGAAGGGCUGGACGUGGUGGGGGUGGAUGUGGUUGAGGUUGCCCCCGCCUACGAUUGUGCGGAAAAUACUGCGUUGGCGGCAUCGCAGGUGGUUUUCGAGGUUCUGAGCAGCUUAGCUAAGAAAGCCAGGGCUACCGUUAAACUGGAGGGAGAGGGAGAGGCGAGGGACGAGUUGUAAGGGGAUGCUGGGUUCUUGGGUGAUCACUAGUAGUAACUCGUGUCUUGUACGGAGGGGGGUGGUGAAGUCUUCACUGACGAGUCCAUGCCCUUGGGGGUGCUUGUGCUGAUAAUAGAUGGGGUUACGAAAGGUCAUACUGAGGGAGGGCAAUCUCUGCUACUGUGUUAUGUGUAUAGUACGAGUACUACUCCUUCCAA